CUUAUCUCCUGUGGACUGAGCUCAGACCAGGACCCAGCCCAGACCAGGACCCAGCUCAGACCAGGACCGGUUUCAGACUACUUUAUUUCCCAUCAGAGACCCCAUCAGCAUGAAGACUCUCAUUUUCCUGCUUCCGGUCCUGACGCUCCUCUCGGUCCGGGUCUCGGCGGGUCCGGGAUGUGGACCAUGCGUCCUGGAUCAGUGCGCCUCUCUCCCGGCGGAGGGCUGCUCCGCGGGCACGGUGCCGGACUCCUGCGGCUGCUGCGUGGUGUGCGCCGCCGCGGAAGGAGAGCUGUGCGGCGGGCGCCGCGCCGCCGCGCGCCGCUGCGGUCCCGGUCUGGAGUGCGUCAAGAGCGCAGAAGACAAGAAGAGCAAACUGGGAGUGUGUGUGUGUAAGAGCAACUACGAGGUGUGCGGAACCGACGGGGUCACCUACAAGAACGGCUGCGCGCUGAAGAAGGCCAACCUGAGAGCCGAGACCGAGGGACAAGAGCCAAUCAGCGUCCAGAACAAAGGACGCUGCGCCUCAGGUGAGACACAGACGUACAGGUGAGACACAGGCAGAGACACACAGACAGAGACACGGACAAACAGGUAAAACUCAGAACAACUCUUUAACUGUAAAAAAAAGAUUUAUCAUCUUAAACUCAGAAACGGUUCAGAGCUUUUCUGUAAUAAUAAUAAUAAUAAUAAUAAUAAUAAUAAUAAUAAUAAUAAUAAUAAUAAUACUGUGGUUAUCUAUCUUAUCAUUUUAUAUAUUUAUUAUUUAUUUGUAUUUUGUCAAUAUUUAAAUCCUAUAAAACUAAUAAUAAUUGUAACAAUGUUGAUUUUAUUGUUAUAAUAAUAAUAAUAAUAAUAAUAAUAAUCAUCUGUUCAUUUUGAUGUUUGCAAGGAUGUAAAUUUUUAUUUUGCAUGAAUAUUUAGUAACAGUGUGACUCGUAUUUGCUAAUUGACAGGUUUAGAUGUAUAGGUAUGCAGUAUACGUGACUGUGUGCAUGAAUGGGUUUGUGUGUGUGUGUUCAGUGUGUGUUCAGUGUGUGUUCAGUGUGAACUCAUUAAUCUGCCCGGCAGCUCCUCUCUGACUCUCUGACUCUAACUCGCUCUGACUGACGAUGAUCCUCUUUCAUCCCCUAAAAACACUGAAUUCUUUCUGCAUGGAAAACCCCACUGAGCACGCUCAGACCCAGCUGAAUUCCACUGAGGUCACUGUGGAUUCUGUCUCUGAUGGAUUCCUGAAACUUGUUUCAUCCUGUUUCACAUUCAUGCAGAACCCCCCCGACCCCCCAAACCCAUGUUCAUUAUCUCUGGAUGUUCUGAUCCUUAACUCCCUCUCUUUCCCUCUCUCCCUCUCUCCCUCUCUCUCUCUCUCUCUGUGUUCCUGUCUGCAGCUCCCCUCAUCGUCACUCCUCCAGGUGAGGUCUACAACGUGAGCGGCUCUCAGGUGUACCUGAGUUGUGAGGCAGUGGGUGUGCCCACACCUGUGCUGACAUGGAAAAAGGUGAGGUUAUCCUCUGUUAGAAGAAAACAAACAAAAAAAACUUUUAUUUUAUUCUUUUAAAGGGAUAAUCCAGGACAAAUUUAAGUCAUGGUCAAACCCACUGUAACACCGAGUUAGACCCCCCCUCCAGAGAUGAAUGUUGCCGACCGCUUACUUCUAGUUAUACCAACUUUAGUAACGACCGCAGGAUAGAAAUACAGAGAACCACGCCCCCAACCAAAACGCCACUCUAUAGCCACAAAUAAUGCUCAGAACAGCACCUAACUUCAUCAACAGGACAUAUAGGGUCACAGACGUAGUACUAGACACCAAAUACCUUUGGUACACCAAAAAGCUUUGCCUCAGGCCAGUCCAUUACGGACUACAGCGGGGUGCCGCAGCUCAAGGAAGAACAUUUAUGAUCAUUUCUUUAUCAUUUCCUUGAAGUAAUAAUCAUCAUAUUAAUCAUUUUACAGACGCGGUAGUUCUUCUGUCUUAGCGUCUCGGUCUGAUUGUAUUUCCAUGAAGAAAUGAUCAUAAAUGUUCUUCCUUGAGCUGCGGCACCCCGCUGUAGUCUGUAAUGGACUGGCCUGAGGUCUCACUACAAACAAGCGUCUGCUGGAAGAGAGUAGGUGAGUUGUGUUUAGCCUCUUUGCUAAAUGAGUCAAAGUUAAAAAGAUGUUUGGUGUCUAGUACUAUGUCUGGGACCCUAUAUGUACUAACCUCAGUAGAUCAUGGUGUAGUUCCAUUUAGUAACAGAACCUCAUUGGAAAAUUAGCUGAUUUAAGUUUACUGUGCUCUUGUUCAAAUAUAUUAACUCGACAGCACAUAAAUCCAUACCUGUUAACAAAAUCAUGAUUUUAUUGAUAAUUCGGCUCAAUAAAAACACCUUUACCUUUUUAUUUUACUACAGUAGAAGUUUAUUGGCCCAGAUUAUAGACUACAGAAGUGGAGAAACGCCCCCGUUUAAGUUUGUUUUCUUAGGAGUUAGAACAACUCUGAAUAUAGUACUAUGUCUGUGACCCUAUAUGUCCUGUUGAUGAAGUUAGGUGCUGUUCUGAGCAUUAUUUGUGGCUAUAGAGUGGCGUUUUGGUUGGGGGCGUGGCUCUCUGUAUUUCUAUCCUGCGGUCGUUACUAAAGUUGGUUUAACUAGAGAAGAAAGCGGUCAACAACAUUCAUCUCUGGAGGGGGGGUCUAACUCGGUGUUACUUUGUGUUUGACCCUAAAUUAAUUUUAGGCCGGAAUAUCCCUUUAAGAAAAAACGUUUUUAAUGAAUAUAAACCAACAACCACAACAUGAGGCCGUGUGGACCCUCUACUCUUUAAAACUGAGGAUGCAGCAUCUAUGAUUCCCAAUUCUUCGUUAAAAGGACAACUGGACUUAGUCGAGACGUUUCCACUAAGGCGAAACGUCUCAACUAAGUCCAGUUGUCCUUUCCAUGCGGUGAUUUCCACUCCAGAGUCCUGUCUGUUUUUAAUGCCCUAAAGAUCAGGUUUGGAUUCGUAGAUUCUCCUCAUGAACGUAGAAAUCAUCUUCAGAUUUUCACUCGGGCAGAAUAAUAAGAAAAACCUUCUGGAGCUUAAGUGCCCCCCCACCCCUUCGCCCUUCCCGUCUGACUUCCUGUUUCCUGCUCGAAACAAUAAGAGUCUGCUAGAGUUUGAACAUGAAAUGAAUCUGGAAAUAACUUUGACUGAGAAACUGCAGAGGGGAUUUCACAAAACUAAGAAGGUUUCAGUUCAGGCGGUUUUAUGAAGACCACCUGAAAAACUCUGAUGGUGAAGAUGAUGAUGAGAUCAGGGGUGGUGUUUUCUUUCAGGUCCUCAGUGGGACAAAGAGGAUGGAGCUUCUUCCUGGAGACAGAGACAAUCUGGCGAUUCAGACGAGAGGAGGACCUGAGAAACACGAAGUGACCGGCUGGGUGCUCGUGAGUCUCAUCAUACACACACACACACACAGACACACACAGACACACACACAGGAAGUGAUGUCAUGACCUCGUCCAAUAACAGCUCUGACAUGUGUUUCUCUAAAGAUCUCCCCUCUGACCAAAGAGGUCGAAGGAUCGUACGAGUGUCACGCCACCAACUCCAAAGGAGAAGCUUCGGCCAUCGGCACCAUCCACCUGGUCGAGUCUCUCGAUGACAUCGCUGUCAAGAAAGGUAACCACGACAACGAAAUACACAGCAGAGGACGCAACAAACAACACCACAAACUACACAAUCUGAUGUUUACAAGAAGGCUUUCGGCCUUAGGUGUGUAAAAAGUAAAAAGUACUUUAAAAAAUCAAAGAAGGUUAACUGAUGAGUUUCCUGUAAAAUAAUCCAAGAGACAGAUGAGGCGCCAAAAAGGCUGAAAAAUCUGGAUUUUCAAAAUAAGAGAUUGGAAGAGUUUAUUAGUGAUCAUCAACACAUUCAACACUGAUCAAUAACUUUACAAUAACCAUAAUUUAUAAAUGGUAAACAGAUAGUUUAUUAAUGUAAAUUAAUAGUUACUUUACAUGAACAAGCAAUGAAAUUAUGAUAAUAAUUUUCUAUUGAUUAAAGGUUUAUAUAGGGUUUAAAUUUUGGUUGUAAAACAUCUAGAUUAAAAUGUGUGUCAGCAGCACUUUGUAAAUAUUUAAUAUCUGUUUUUUAAACCAUCUAUAAACAUUAUUUAGAUGGUUAUUGUAAAGUUAGAGUUAUGUUUUUAAAACUGUAAAAUUUACGAUAAAUUAAUGGUCUGUAUGCUUUUUAUAAAUGAUGAUUAAACAUUUAUAAACUAUCUGUUGACUAUUGAUAAGUUAUGGUUAUUGUAAAGUGUAACCAGUAUCCCUGAUGAUGUCAUUUCCUUUCAGUGACAAAGGAGGACGAGCUGUGAUCAGCUGAUUGGAGAUCAAUGAAAGACAAUCAGCUGAUCAGGUAACCAUGGAGACAAUCAGCUGACCAGAGAUCCACAGAGACCAACAUCAGAGCUGAUGAUGAUGAUGUUUAAAGUUUUAAAAUCUGUUAGUUUGAUGUUUUUGUGUCAAAGAUUUUUAACCUUUUCUUCUUUAUUAUUGAUUAUUAAUUCAACUUUUAUUUUGUUGGUUUUCUGGUUCACUCAGGCUUUUACUUUGAAAAGACGUGCAUGUGAUCAGAGCCAGUUUCUCUUAACGCAUCCUGACGCGUUCAGGUGUUUAUCAGGCUGAUGCAGCACCUGAACGCACCGUGGAUGUAAAUGUUUUAUAAUAAAGUAUGUUUGAGGCCCUCAGAGGCCACACUGUCUCUAAUGACGGGCCCCGGGGCCCCCGAGUGUUUUUCACUGUAACUGAAAUGUUUAAUAAACCAGGAGAAUAAAGAGUCAUCUCCACGGUGUUCUG